AUGGUGUGGUCCGACGUUGGCGAUGUCUUCGACGUGUUUGUGUUGGACGACGGCCGCCUCACUGACGUUGACGUGAAAAACUCGACGACCGUCGCGCCCAAGUCUGGUGGCUUCUCGGUCAUCGUCGCCUGUGGCAAGACCGACGCGUGCCACGUCGCGUGGGGUCUGCAGUGGUCGCCGCCUUUGCCAGCGGCGCAUCGCGCUCUCGCGAGCAUAACUGGCUGCAGCUACUCGGGGACGUACGAGACAACCACAUCGCACGACGAGAUCACGUUUGUCUGCGACUUUGUGCAGCCAGGCCUCUUCACACCGACGUUCAACAGCACUCUGGACGCGUUUAGCGUCGGCAUCUACUAUGGCUCGAGAGCCGCGGGCAGUUGGUGUCUCAACGACUGCUACACUAUCAUCGCGCCGUACGCUUUCUACAGCACACGCACCGAGAGCCUCCUGCUCACGCAAUCCGGCACGUACACGGUUACGAUCCUGUGCAUCAAUGGAAUGAACCAUGACGAUCGGCCUUGCACUGUCGGUGUCAACUACAACUUUCGGACCUCGCCGCCGGUGCCCAUCUCGGAAGAUGGGUCCAUCGAGCCGGCGUUCACGAACUCGUCCAUGACCUCUCGAGAGACGUGCUCGUAUUACGCGCGCUCGGUGCAAACGACGCCGACCGCGCCGUACCUCGUCUUUGCGUGCGACGACGCGCUGCCGUCAACGCCGUACUCGGUCUACGUCAGCUCCGUGGACAACUUCAAAGUGUUUGGCUACAAUGGCAUGCUGGACGCGUAUGAUUAUGAUCGGCUGCGCUACGGAAGCAGAUCAGCACUCGCGUUUCAAGGCGAAUCGUACGCGGCGUCCGGAUACGCGAAUUCGGGCAAGAAUGUGCUCGUCAUCUACUGCGCCAACGACUACCACGCGCCGUGCAACUUUACGGUCCAGAUGACCAUGACGACACCCGCCCCGACAUAUGCCCCGACACCCACCCCGGCGCUCUCCGUGUGCCCGGUCGUCGGCACGUACGCUGCGACGGGGAUGCGCCUGACGCUAUUGGUUGACGGGACGUUCACCGAGUCCAGCGAAAGCGGCAGUGGUCCCACGUGCUCGAUCAUGGGGCGGUACGCCAUCUCGGAACAGCGCGCGACCUUUCUGAUCAUGACCGUGUCGGGCGGCUGCACCAGUCCCUUUUCACCCAACGCAAAGCUCGCGAGUGUUUUUAUCUUCUCGAGCGACUGCCAGCGGCUAACGCUCAACCUCACCAGCACCCCCGUGCUACUGGGGCGGUCCUCGGAUGCGACUACAGCGAUGACGAGUGCAGUUAUGCUUAUGGGCACGCUCAUCGCGUGGCUCACACUCGAGUACUGA